AAUUCAUAAAUCUUGACAGCACUGACGUUUGUUAUUUAUAUUACUCUGUGAAAGUGAUAAGUUUUCAUAAAUUUUUUAUCUAAAGAGUUAUGGGUAUUCUUUCGGAUCCUUCAUUAACACCACAAAACAAAUUUGGUAAAUUUUUAUCUAAACAUCAUGCUAAAAUAUGCUGGCUAUGUUACAUAGCUAGCAUAAUAUGGUUUCUUUGUUUAGCUUACCCAGAUUUUAAUCAGAGUACAUAUCUUUCCGAGAAUGCUCUAUCGCCGGGCCUGGUCUAUCCGGAAAUUAAGCAGGAUUCCAAUCGCUUAAUGCAGCUGUACAUGGAAAAGUUGCAAAGGGAACGUGAGCAACACAAAACAAUCACACCGUAUGCUUGGAUUUCCCAUGAAAUGAAAGAAAUCGGACUCGAAGUUUACGUGCACAAUUACACAUUGAUUUAUCCAUUUGCAAAAGGGAAGAUUUUUCAAGGUAAAAAUGUUUAUGGAAUACUGCGAGCUCCGCGAACAAGUUCCACCGAAGGUAUUGUGUUUUCGGCUCCAUACCGACUGCCCUCUUCUGUCCAUAAUGAGGUAACAGCAAGCGUACCUGUUCUAUUAGCAUUUGCUGAAUUUGCCAGAAAGAAGAAUUACUGGGCUAAAGAUUUAAUAUUUCUUGUCACUGAACACGAGCAAUUAGGUAUGGAAGCCUUUCUAAGUGCUUACUUCAGUGAGGACCCAACGAAAAGUAAACAUCUUAAAUAUGGCUAUCUACCGGGAAGAGCUGGUGCCCUGCAAGCUGCUAUUAAUUUAGAAAUACAGGACCUAAACAUCGAAUUUAUUGACGUCAAAAUUGAAGGACUUAAUGGACAACUGCCUAAUUUGGAUCUUUUCAAUGUAGUGCAACGUAUUACCGCUAGAGAAGGUAUUACGUCGGGCUAUAAGCAUACUACCUUUAAGAAACGAAGAUCUCAUCAUUCGACGUUACAAAAUAACGUUAAAAAUAUGCUUAGUAUGUUAUUAACUCAAUCAACUGGAGUACCAAACGGUAAUCAUGGUCUUUUCCAUCGUCAUCGCAUAGAAGCACUAACAUUGGAGGGUGUAAGAAGGCAUACCAACGGUGCACAUAGUUACAAUGGUUUAGCUCUUUUAAAAACCAUUGAAGGUAUCUCGCGUAGCCUCAAUAAUUUAUUGGAAAAAUUCCACCAAAGCUACUUUUUCUAUAUACUUAUUCAUAACGAUCGUUUUGUUUCGAUUGGCGAUUACAUGCCCUGUAUGAUACUAUUAGUCUUCCCACUAUUUGUCAAAGCCUUUCUAUUAUGGUUGAUGGCAAACGGUGACGCAGUCUUCGACAACGAAGAUGAUUUAGAGAUUGAGCAAGAAAAUGCUGAGCAAACCGCAUUUAUUGAAACUACGGAUUCGGGGCAAACAUCAGCGUUAACAAUAUCAAUUUAUAUAUGUAUGCUUGCCUCUAUGUACUGUCACGGACCCGUUUUAGAUUUUCUUGUUAUUAACCUUAACAGACAAGGUUUAAAUACUCCGCAAUCCAUAUCACUCCUCAUGGGAUUUUGGGUGUUUGUCGCUCUCACGUUACCAUUUCUCUAUAAAUUAUCUGAAAAAAGUUUGCACGAGUUACAUUUUGGUUGCCUAAUUGUAUUGGGGCUAACCUUGGCGGUUGUGGGACUCCUAAAUUUUGCUCUUGCCUUUUUAUUAGGCAUUAUUACAGCGCCGCUAGCCAUUCAUAUGCCUAUAAAAGAAUGCAAAAGUUUUCGGAAAAACCUAAGUAUAUUAUACUGUCUUAUUUUAAAUCCUUUGGUAUUAGUGUAUACCAUAGUGUUAAUUCUGACUAUUAGACAAUUUCCCGAGUUAACGGCAAACGAUUUAUUAAUAAAAUCUAUUUUCGCUACUAUGGAUGGCAUAACGUAUUCUUUGAUGGACAAUCUUAUUUAUGGGAACUGGCUUUACACAGUGGCGGUAUUUAUACUGUUGCCUUUAUGGUGCGGAUUUUGGACAGUAGUCUUAAGAGCGCGUGUUUCCGACCAAAUUGUUAUCACACAAAAGAAGUUAAAAUAAUUUGUGAUGCGAAAUACUGCCUAGGAUAGAUGCGUUACAUUCAUCAUAAUGCAAUAGUUUUAUUAUAAUUCCAACAAAUACUUUAUUAUUACAUCGUGUGCAUGUGUAUUCAUGUUUCUUUCAAGAGUGU